CUACGCAUUCUUCUCCUUACUUGCUAGUCUUUGCCUUCCUUCUCUAGGUCUCGUGUUUGGCCCCGUCUCUUUCGGCCUUCAUUGCGGGCGGUAUUGCACUCCCAUACUCCUUAACGCUCAAGAAGCUUGGGUCGAUAUUCCAAAAACCAGAUGAUAUCAUAUUGUCUGAAGGGCUGCUUCUGUGUGUUUGAAUGCUGCACAAGCCCCUCCCCUGGUCUGAUUCAGGAGGUAGGGGUCUGAAAUCGAGAAGCAAGUGUAGACAGAGUUGUUUUGUAGCUUUGAGAUGGUACAAUAGCGAAUUCGGGAAGCAAGUGUAGAGAGAGUUGUUUUGUAGCUUUAGGAUGGUACAAUAGCGAAUUCGGGCUAGUGUCAUGGCUUUGUUGUCCCCUGAUGCUGUCGAACAGUAUUGUGGAAGUGUUUCGCAUAGUUUCUGGCUAGAAGUCUUCCCAGUGAAGGCCAAUGAACCAUCAGGGACUGGUCUUAAUGAUGUCGAGUACCUGGAGACAUAAGGGUGUCCGGUGCAAGGUACAAGUUGUGCUGUUGCUGCUCGAAUACCACACGUUGGUGUCGCUUGCUGAAGCUAUACUUGGACCAGGGCCUAUUGACUAUUCUUGCAGCUCUGUGGCACAUUUGUGUCAAGGACCCAUGUCCAGUAGACAUAACGUUGCUCGACUUCAUGAUAGUUCUAUGGAUGUUGCUGGAAGUGAUGCCCAGACCCGGCCAUGCAAAAGAGAUGUAACAGAGACGGAGGAUGGAGAUAGAAGAUCUCUUAAGUAGCUCAUGUAGCCUAUCGUAUGACACGUUAGCGUGAAUAGCUUCAGUCAAUGAAAGAGGAAGUACCGACGAGGCUAUAAACCCCUUCCGUUAUCGAACAGGAAGUACCCA